AUGUCCGGAAUCCCUGAUCUUCCAGAGACAUUCGACGAUCUCCCCGACAAGCGCCGAUUCUGGCCUGGAGCAGCUGGAUCUGAGGAGGAGGGACUAGGAAUGCUCCGUCUAUUAACCCCGGAAGUCGUUGCGCAAGCUGCGCGGACUGAAAUUCAAACAGGCGAGCGAGUAUGUCUGAACUGGGACAUGGAGAAUCUGAGCCCGCCAGGAUUCGGUCGAAAGCCGUUCGAGCAUCGCGUCAAAUGGGUCGCUGAGGGCGUUGCCUUCGACGACGAAUAUCAUUUCAAUCCACAGCAAUCAUCCCAGUGGGAUGGACUACGACACCACAAUGCGCCAGCUCCAACCCCAGAGAACAAGGAGAGACGGGUAUUCUAUGGUGGAACCACGGCAGAGGAGAUUCAAGAUGAGAGCUGCUCUCGCAUUGGGAUUGGGUUUUGGGCAAAGAAAGGCAUUGCCGGUCGUGGAGUGUUGAUCGACUUUGUCUCCUACGCCGCCAAGAAGGGAAUCAGUGUGAACGCACUCAGCAGGCAGAUGAUCUCGCUGGACGAGGUGCUCGAAAUCGCUCGGGAGUGCAACAUUGAGUUUCAACGUGGCGAUAUCUUUUUCCUACGCGUUGGUCUGCCGGGAACAUGGGAGGGGAUGUCUACUGAGCAGCGUGUGACCUAUAGCCAACAGGCGAUGCCGCAACACGCCGGCAUUGAGCAGAGCGAGCGAGUGUUGCGGUUUUUGUGGGACAAUCACUUCGCGGCCGUUGCGUCCGACGCGGUUAGCUUUGAGGUUUACCCAGCUCUGAAUCCCGAGUUUGACUUGCAUCACCACCUGCUUGCUGGGUGGGGUGUUCCUAUUGGUGAAAUGUUUGAUUUGGAGGAGUUGGCGGCAACAUGCCAGAGACUUGGACGUUGGAGUUUCUUUAUCUCGAGCAGUCCGUUGAAUUGCUCUCGGGGCGUCUCCAGCCCGCCCAAUUGCAUGGCAAUCUUCUAG